UACUAACUAUAAACAUAAUUGUAAAAACAUUUCGCAAUAUAUCAGUUCUGUUAUUGGACGUCGCAGUGAUCGGACGUCAUAAUGAAAGUGAUAUUAAUUUUAUUCGUUUUGUUUUCGUGUGGCUAUUGUAAAAUUGAAUUUAGUGACAGAGCGAGAAACUUUAGUGUGGAACUAUUGUAUUACACCGCGGAAGAGAUAAAUUGGCAUACGGUGAUAUCACCGUUUGGAAUAUGGUCACUAAUAACAGGAAUAUCCUUAGGAGCGACGGGAACAAGUCGAGAACAACUAAUGACAACAUUGAUCCUUCCUAAGAAAAAAGAAAACUUAGUCAAUGGGUACCAAUCUUUAACUACAGCUGUUCUUAAUUCUAACACUGGAGCAGUGGAAUUGAAAAAUAGAAACUAUUUGUUUAGUGACAGUGAUUUUUUUAUUAAAAAAGAUUUUAUAAAUGAAUUACGAAAUAAUUUUAAGACGAUACCAACAAAACUCAACUUUAAACCUCCACAGUCGGCUGCAAAGAUAGCAAAUGAGGUUAUCAAGAAAUACGGAAUGGCCGUUUCGAACGUACUAAAGCCUGAUGAUUUUGAAAACUCAAGAAUGAUAUUAACCAAUGUAAUAACUUUCAAAGGUUUCUGGCAAACUCCUUUCAAUGAAACAUUAACAAACGUAGAGCCAUUUUACAAUGAAAAUGGAUUACAAACAGGUGAAGUCAACAUGAUGCAUCUAGAAGGCUCUUUUUCGUAUUCCACUUUUGAAGAAAUCGAGUCGACUAUUCUUGAACUACCUUAUGGUAACGAGGAAAGUAGUAAAUAUACAUUUGUAGUACUUCUACCAUAUAAGGGUGUUCCAGUUUCUACUGUAUACAAAAAAUUAUCUAUCGUAAAUCUCAAAGAUAUUAUACUAAAGUUACAAAACGAUACAGAUAUGUAUGGAACUAUAGAAGUUAUUAUUAGUUUGCCUAGAUUUAAAAUUAGUACUAAUGUUGUACUUAAUAGGCCGUUAAAUAAGAUGGGUCUGUCUGAUAUUUUCGAUCCUAGUGCAGCUAGCUUUGGUAAAAUAACUGAUUCGAAUAACAUAUUUGUAUCAUCAAUCGUUCACAAGGCUGAUAUAGAAGUGACGGAAAAGGGAACCAUAGCUUCGGCUUCAACUUCUUCAUACUUCUCUGAUAGAAUGAUGCCAGCGAAUUUCAACGCGAACAGACCUUUUAUAUAUUUCAUUAUGGAAAAAACAACAAACACAAUAAUAUUCAGCGGUGUUUACUCCAAACCAUCUAUAUUUUGAACAAAUAUCUGUGUUUUUUAGACGCCUAUUAUUUUGUACAUAGUUUUGUUAUUUUAGUUAGUAUGAUUUAAGAUAUUAAAUGGACACCAAAU